AUGACUCCCCAAUCACUGCCGCCUGGACUGCAGCAAGAAUUCGAUAGUUUUCAGCAAGAGAUCUUAGCAAAGCUCCAGCAAGAGAUCAAAACAUUGGGGACUACAAUUUUCCGCACGGUUAACAGUCAAGCCUCAGGCCCACGCAGCCAGACGCGGUCUGGCAAGUUACCCGGGAGGAACGACUUGAGUAACGUCAUCUCGCUGCACCUAAACGAAUUCGCCGAGCAUUUCGUCCGGAGCAUCAAUAUCGAGUUCAACCGGCGCUUCUCCUCACUAAGCGUAUCCACAGAGCGCGGUCCAAUUCAAGCUGACACCACGGUCGGCGGUAGGGCAAGGGCAUGGACUGAUGCACCUCCGAGAGACGAGCAUCCGAUUGACCAAGGCACCACAGAACGCUUGCCGAAUCUGGCCACGCUGGGCCUCCUUCUACAGCUCGGCGAAAAAAAUGCUGACAUAGUCACAAAUAACUACUCUACGGGGUCGAAGUCGACCUCUGUAGAUAUAGGCGCUGCCACGUCACCGCUUUCCGAGUUAAGCGUUGCUGACGAGGCUUUGUCUGUUGGAGGACGGCAAAUGCACAGUCUGGAUGUUGAACAGCUAGGGGAGAGCUUAGUACCGAGCGUUGCGAAAGUCAUUGCAGACGACAUGUUUAAGGGAAUGGUACACAUCAAGAACCUCGAGGAUAUGCAUUGGGCCGAUCUCCAAACAGUGAUCCAGCCACCCAAAAACCAUGAUCUCCUUGGGGUGGAGUAUGUAUCUGGCCAGGCUGGCAAGGGGUUCUCACUACUCACGACAUCUAUGCGGACGGAAUUCAAGUUCCCUAACUUUGAAGCUGUCAACGGUCCUUCGAAACCCGACAUCGACAAGUACCUUCAGCAACUGACUAACGAUCCCCCAAAGCGGCCGAUUCCGUAUUAUGUCGGGCCUCUUCUAACGCCACACUUCGAUCUGUUCCUCCACCCUGGCAAUGAACUUUCAAAGUUGGAUCAUAUUCCCGGCAUAAACACGCCAUAUUGGCACGCCGGCGAGCAAGGUUUGGGCACAGCUUUCCACUGUGAAGACGCGAGAUUCAGGUCUUGUAACCUUACACUUUCUGGAUAA